CAGCUGUCACACAUCCGCGUUAACUAACGUUAGCAAAGCUACGCUAGCUUCGCUAACUGUACGCCUGUCAAAAUGCAUUAACGGUUGUUUGUAAUUGAACGUUAUCCCGUCAGGACACACAUUGAGGUUCAUGUGCGAAAACACUCGUUGUCCCGCAAUCGUUUCUUCCAGAGUCAGCUUGUCAAUAAUAAUAUCGCUACUUUACAACUCGGUUAGCAGCUAGCGUUAGCUAGCGUUAGCUCGCAAACAGGCUAGCAAAGACAUCAACAUCCGGUUGUUUGGUGCUGCCGAAAAGUGCUUCUGGGUCCCAGCUCCCGACUCAAUUAUCAAAGUAGUAUUUUCAACUUUGUUCUCGAAAUUUCGAUUGAGCAACUUUUAUUGUGAAAUUCUAUUUCACCUCUGAUUGUACAUAACGUUCGGGUUUGGUUUCUGUUUUGUUUUAUUCCAGUCACUUCAGUGAGCUGCUGCGGAACUGGAGGACACACACACACACACACACACACAGACACAGACAAGAGGGCGGGAUCCUGCAGCCUCUGUCAUGCAGAGUUGAUCUAGGUCGUGUUGGGAGCAGCUCUGCAGCUGCUGCUGCUGCCUCCGCCUCCUCCAACUCUAAACAACUUUUUUUUUGGGUUAAAUUUCAUGCAGGAUGUUUCAUAUUUCCACUUUUCGCCCGUCGGGUCGUUUCCUCUCUGGUGUUUUUCUUUCUGAUUUUUGAAAAAAAAAAAAAAGGAAACCUUACCACAUCCACUGAUUGUCGUCUGCGCCCCGUUGGCAUGGGAACAUCCCGGCAGCUCUGUAGUAUGAUGAAUGAUGUCUCUUAGGGGAGGAAAGUGACCCGUGCUCCACCCUGCACAGUUCUCCACCUGAAGGCGAAUUUGGCGCAAAUUGCAAAAAAAACCCAACAUGUGCCUAAAGUGUGACUUUCCAUCACCUUCAUCCGGGACAGGACACCGGGGGGGAGUUGUCAGGAGUCUCUGAACCCCCCCCCCCCCCAGCCUGGAGGAGCAACAUGAGGCUGUGCAACCGGGGCGUGAUGAUGCUGCUGACCACGGCGGGGGCUUUCUGCGCCUUCAGCCUCAUGACCAUCGCCGUGGGCACGGACUACUGGCUGUACAGCCGCGGGGUGUGUCGCUCCAAGAGCCAGAACGACAACGACACCGUCCGCAAGAACGAGGAGGUCCUGACCCACUCGGGGCUGUGGAGGACCUGCUGCACCGAGGGGACGUUUCGGGGUGUUUGCAAAGACAUCGAUCACUUUGCUGAAGAUGGAGACUAUGAGCAGGACGCUGCAGAGUAUUUACUACGAGCAGUACGAGCCUCGAGCCUCUUCCCCAUCCUCAGCGUGGGAUUGUUAUUUCUCGGAGGCGUGUGUGUGGCUGCCAGUGAGUUCUACAAGUCGCGCUACAACGUCAUUCUCAGCGCGGGUAUACUCUUCGUCUCCGCAGGUCUCAGUAACAUCAUUGGCAUCAUUGUUUACAUAUCAGCCAACUCAGGUGACCCCAGCCAGAGCGACAAUAAGAAGAGCUACGCGUACGGCUGGUCUUUUUAUUUUGGGGCUCUGUCCUUCGUGCUGGCUGAGAUGGUGGGCGUCCUGGCAGUGCACGUGUUCAUAGAGAAGCACAGGCAGCUGCGCACCAAAGGCCGGCCUUCCCUCAUAAAGCCGCCCAUCUCCCGCAGCUCAUCCUACUACCGCCACCGUUACUACCAGAACCGCUCCCGCCGAUACAGUUGCAGGAGCAACCACAGCACGGGGGACUUGAUCACACACUCCUUCCGAGCAUCCUUGGUGCAGGACCGAGAGCCGUCCCUCUCCGCCGAGUCCAAAGUCGUUGGCAUUGCAGGUUUGCCGACACCAGUGAACGUCGGAUCAGAGUUCAUGCUCUACACCUUAACCGCGCCACGGAAAGACGGAAAGGAUGACAUGGCUGCGGAGGAUUUAACUGCUGCAACUGCAAACAACAACACAGAGACGCUGCCGGGAAACUGUGCGGCCAACAGAAGGACCACGCCCGUGUAAGUGGACAGGUACUGGAGGAGGGAGAUGUGCAGUGGUGAACCUCAAGAGGAACUUAAGUGAGAGGAGAACAUUCUUCACUUCCUUCGUAAAACAAAGACGAAAGACGUUGGAUAUCGAUGUAGGAGUGUUUUGACUCGUUUGUUGAUUCUUUUUUUUUUGAUUGAUCGUUGAAAUGUCAAAGAAUUGUUAACAGAUCUCAAUCACAAUUUCCCAUCUCUAUAAUGGUUUGUUUUUGUCAACAGUGCAAAACCCAUGGAGAUGCAAUUUACAGUUGUAUAAAACAAAGAAAUGCAGCAUAGGUCUUAUGUUUCAGAUGCUGGACCCAGAGAGUGAUUAUUAAAUUAUCAAAGAAGUUGCUGAUUAUUAAUUGGCAGUUAAAGGGGCCGUAAGCAAUUUUGGAGAGAGAAGUUGAUGCAUCGUUUGAUAACACGUCUCUGUUGUGAGGUGUGGUCCGCACCAUUUUUUUUGUUUUUCGUUUUACAGAGCCAGGGCUUAGCCGAAACCCUGGAUUUUCCCCCCUGCAGCACAUACAGAACCGACAGCUAGCGGGCGGUGAGGAAAUAUUCGCUGAAUUUUACAAAAAAGUGUAAUGGAUUAAAAUCGCUUACCGCCGCUUUAACUCAUCAUUCCAGCUCUACACUGAAGCAAACUGUCGCAUUCACUGUUGACGAGCUCAGAGAAGAAAGAAAAAGAUGGAGACAACAAGGACAUGGUUUUCAGAUCUUCUACUUUUUUUGCUCUUUGUACUUGGUUUUGCUCUGCUAUCUUUAUCUACAGUAUAUCUGUAGUGCGUGUGUGUGUGUGUGUGUGUGUGUGUCUGUCUGUGUGUGAAGGAGUGUGUAUAGUAAUACAGGAAUGUGUGUAAGAGACAUAAAGAGAGACAGAGAGGAGCAGUGACCAUGAAAAUAAGAAACUUAACUAAAAUCACGUAAAAAAAUAAAAUAAACACAUACAUACAUUCACCUGGGGAUGUCACUCCCGUUCCAUGAAGAAAACCGAAGCUCUCUCGUUGUCUGUCUCUUGCUGUGUCUGUUUGUGUGUCUGUGUGUGUGUUGCGUAAGCGUCUGAGCACGCAUAAGUGUAACGCCUGUGGUUUGUGCCACUAAGUCUUUGUUUACAUCAAAUAAAGCUGAAAAA